CGCUCAGCCGAGACGAGUCACGUGGAGCUGUAUGUCAUAUGACUGUCUGCGCCUUAUUAUCCUUUUCCCUUCCUUUCCAAAACACAGACGAAGAUGGCGGAGGAGCGACAGAACCUUUUGGACGAUGAAGGGGAUAUCUCGUCUUCAGGUCCCAGAAAUGAAAGCGGACCGGUUAGACCGAUGUCUGCGCUCUGUGACCCGAGACGGCUGCCUCACCGCAUUUUCGUCCUGCUUUUUAUGUGCUUUCUGGGAUUCGGAAGUUACUUCUGUUAUGAUAACCCAGCUGCUUUGCAGACUCAAGUCAUACAGGACAUGAAGCUGAACACGUCCAUGUUCAUGCAGCUCUAUGCCUGGUACUCCUGGCCCAACGUGGUGCUCUGUUUCCUGGGGGGCUUCCUGCUCGACAGGGUCUUUGGCAUCAGGCUAGGAACGAUAAUCUUCGCCCUGUUUGUCUGCGUUGGACAGGUUAUAGUUGCUGUUGGGGCACUUCUAGAUCUAUUCUGGUUAAUGGAGAUUGGACGUUUUGUGUUUGGGAUCGGAGGUGAGUCUCUGGCUGUGGCCCAGAACACCUAUGCAGUGAACUGGUUCAAAGGGAAGGAACUCAACUUGGUGUUUGGUCUUCAGCUCAGCAUGGCCAGGCUGGGUAGCACUGUCAACAUGAACAUCAUGGGCUGGGUGUACAACCGUGUCGCUGACCUGGUAGGCUCGACAGGACACACCACUCUGGGAGUCUCGCUCAUGAUCGCUGGGGCGACAUGUAUAUUCUCUCUGGUCUGUGCUCUGGUGUUGGGCUACCUGGACAAGAGGGCUGAGAGGAUCCUCAACAAGGAACAGGGAGCGACCGGGGAAGUGAUCAAGCUGACGGAUGUGAAGGACUUCCCCUUCCCACUGUGGCUCAUCUUCAUCAUCUGUGUGGGCUACUACGUGGCCAUCUUCCCCUUCAUUGGACUGGGACAGGUUUUCUUCAUUGAAAAGUUCAACUUCUCACCUCAAGAAGCAAGAGCAAUUAACAGUAUUGUGUACAUCAUCUCAGCCCCAGCCUCACCUGUGUUGGGCUUCAUGGUGGACAGGAUAGGGAAGAACGUGAUCUGGGUGCUGUGUGCCGUCGUCACGACGCUCAUAGCCCACAUGAUGCUCGCUUUCACCUUCUGGAACCCCUGGAUCGCCAUGUCCCUGUUGGGUUUGUCCUACUCCCUGCUGGCCUGUGCCCUGUGGCCCAUGGUGGCCUUCGUGGUGCCAGAGCAUCAGCUGGGGACCGCCUAUGGCUUCAUGCAGUCCAUCCAGAACCUGGGCCUGGCUCUGAUCUCCAUGGCAGCAGGAUCUAUUCUGGACAACAAGGGAUACCUCUUCCUGGAGGUCUUCUUCACUGCCUGUGUCUGCUUGGCGCUGAUCGCGGUAGUGAUGCUGUACUUUGUUGAUUAUCUACGAGGAGGAGAUCUGAACCUCUCAGCCUCUGCCAGGGCCAAACUCCUGAAGGACUCCAAUUCAGAGUGAGCGGUCACAUAGUCCUGGGCCUCUGUACCAGCUGGCUGCACGGACCUGACCACAGCUGUCAAUCACCUGCUAGGGGGCCUGUCUGCACUACUCACUCCUCCCACCUGCACACUGACCCAGCCCUGCAUUGUAACUGACCCCUCCCAACAACAUACUGACCCAUCGCAGCUCAGAUGCUGACCCCUCUGCUCUGACAUCACACACCAAGGCCGCCUCCUCAUCUCACUGACUGCUCCCUCCAGUGUCUGUCAGGGCUAAUGACUGACUGGUGUUUGUGCAUGCUUUGGAACCUCAAGCCUCAGCACCAAUCAUACUUUAAUGUCAGUAGAGUGGGGCACCAGAAAGCACUUUAAACCGACUUAAGUGUUUUUAAAAAAAGGUUUAUAAAUGUCUAGAACAAGACUCCAGGCUGAGUGACUUUUACUUCAGAGAUGUAAAGUUAUUCACCGAUAAUCCACGUGAAGAUAUGCCUUUUUGCUUAGUAUAAUCACCCACACUGUAAGAGGUGAAAUGGUUAGAUUUCUUCAUCUUUUAAGCAUCUCUCUCUACAACCAGGAUGUUAGAAAGUACAUAGAUUUCUUCAUCUUUUAAGCAUCUCUCUCUACAACCAGGAUGUUAGAUUGUCUAUCAAUGUUAUGUAUGUUUUUAAAAAUGAAUAUUGCUCAGAAAAGUAUUUUAGAUUUUUACUUCCAAGUUUUUGAUUAUCAAAAGAAACAGUUGGUGUGAUAACUUCUAUAUUCCCAUAAAUGAAUAAUCUGUAUAAUCAUCAUGAAGAAAAUAUCAAAUUGGUUGGGAACACACAACCAACCAACCAAACAAUCUCCUUUCCCUGCUUUUGUAUAGCUUGAGGUCAUUCUGAACAGUAAUCCUAGACGCAUGAUCUAGUUUGACAGAUUUAUGCUGGAGGAUUUCAGAAUCAGCAUUGUGUUCAAUUCUUUAUAGUGCUGUUCCUUCAUUAAUUCCUUUCGUGGCUGGUCAUAGAGGCUCGUAAAACUUUACACUGUCACACCGUCAAGGCUAAGGCAAACCUCGUCAAAGUGAUAAAGGAAUUUUAAACGGAAACAUUUUAUAUUUCAAUUCACCCAAUGUACAAAAAAAACCACAACUCAAAUUUAGAAAUUUUACAUUGACCUUUGUGAAAAUGACCUGGCUUAUGUGCAAGAAGGAGGACUUUAAACAAUACUGUAACAUUGGCAAUUGGGUGGAAACCCUCUUUGCUGUACAACUGAAUGAAAGGAAAAAUGCUUUGUUUUAUUGAUCAAUCUCAGGAAAUUGCCAAGAGAUAUGUUGAAAACCACUAAAUCAAAUGAUCAUUCUAAUGACAAAAUCAUUUUUGAUAGUUUUUCUAUUGUAAUGAAGGAUCACUUCAGUCUUUAAUCCUGAGUCAGUUUUCUGCAGGACAACCUGAGCUUGAACCAAGUGGCUUGUCGUAGCAUAGUAUUAGGUCAAAUAUUGUGGUAGAGGAAGCCUAUCCAUAUACCAUUGAAGUUGUGAUGGCUGUUUGUUAGCUGCAGAAUAGUCUCUGUGUAAAUUUCACUAAGAGUGCUGUCUGUUUCGUGUUGAUCUAACAAACUUCUAACAGCUCUAAAUAACGUGUUCUGUGGGUACUACUGCCUAGAGCAGGGCUCCAACCCUGUUCCUGGAGAACUAUCCUCCUGUAGAUUUUCACUCCAACCCCAGUUAUAACUAACCUGGUUCAGCUUAUCAACCAGCUAAUUAUUACAAUCCGGUGUGCUAGAUUAGGGUUGUAGUGAACCUACAGGACAGUAGUGCUUCAGGAACAGGGUUGGAGCCCCCUGGCCUCGAGGUACCAUGUGUAGUCAUACAUUCAUAAUAUACUUGUCGUAAUUUUAAAUCGCCACAGUUAAAAUAUUACACAUUUAAUGACAAUUUGGUAAAAGAUAAAUAAAACAAGCGGAUGUUCUUGUUACAUGGCUGAUGUUCACUGUGGUUGUUAAAUAACAUCAGGCCAUUGUGUCCUUGUCAGAUCUGAUUGUCAUUCUGUCUGAUCAAAUUGACUUUUAUAUACAACAGUACUGUCUCAGGAUGGCAAAUAAAAGUUUGUAAAAACAGA